AUGGGUCUUACUCAACUUGAUAAUGAUACUGGCCUUAGUGCUCUUAACACCUUCUUAGAAGAUAAAUCUUAUAUAGAGGGAUAUGAACCAUCUCAAGCAGACGCAUCCGUUUAUGAAGCUUUAAAGAGCAAAACACCAGAUUCAAAAACAUAUCCACAUGCAGCACGUUGGUAUAAACAUGUCAGUUCAUAUUCUAGUUCAUUUAAUUCUCUUCCCGCUGAACGUCAAAAGGCUGCUAAUCUUGCCGAAUAUCAACGCAAAAAGGCUAACAAACCUAAACCAGCAGCCAAAAGUAUGGUUAUUCUGGAUGUUAAACCUUGGGAUGAUACUACUGAUAUGGCAGAAUUGGAGAAAUCUGUCAGAUCUGUUUCUUUGGAUGGUUUGGUUUGGGGUACUUCUAAACUUGUUGCCGUUGGUUAUGGUAUUAAAAAAUUACAAAUCACAUGUGUUGUUGAAGAUGAGAAAGUCAGUGUUGAUGAUAUGGAAGAAAAGAUUACUGCCUUUGAAGAUUAUGUUCAAAGUGUUGAUGUGGCAGCGUUCAAUAAAUUGUAA